GAGUAUACUUCUGGUCACCGUCUUCCCCUCUCUGCCCCCCUCUCCGCCCCCCUCUCCGGCCUUCGCCGAGCUUUUUAUCCCCCGAUGGUCCCUUUUGCCCCUCCAACCCCGUGAUAAUUCCCGGUCUCUCCUCACCUCCAUGGCCGCCCUCUCCGUCCCCCCCUCCUCCUCCUCCCCCCCUCCCCCUCUCUCCUGGACAAACCCUAACUCUGAUCCAAACCCAAACCCAAACCUCACCUCCCCCUUCCUACUCCCUCCCCAUGACGACGACGAAGCUCAAUUCUCCUCUCCGUCCCCCUCCCCUUCCGCUUCCGCUUCCGCCGAUCCGCCGGACAACGAGGAUGCCUCCGGCUCCCUCGAAAACCCUGAUCUCGGCAUCCAUUCGAUCCCGCCGCCGCCGCCGCCGCCGCUGACAGCGGUUCAGCCGUCAUUGUCCGCCUCGUCGUCGUCCUGGUCGCCGUCCCUGAUGCCAUCCCUGCUGCACCUGUCGUUUAACCAGGAUCAUGGGUGCUUUGCCGCCGGGACCGACCGGGGCUUCCGCAUCUAUAAUUGCGACCCCUUCCGGGAGAUCUUCCGCCGGGACUUCGAUAGCGGGGGGAUCGGGGUGGUGGAGAUGCUGUUCCGGUGCAACAUCCUGGCCCUCGUCGGCGGCGGGCCGCAGCCAUACUACCCGCCCAACAAGGUCAUGAUUUGGGACGACCACCAGAGCCGCUGCAUCGGGGAGCUCUCGUUCCGGUCGGAGGUCCGGGCCGUUCGGCUCCGACGAGACCGGAUCAUCGUGGUGCUGGACCACAAGAUUUUCGUGUACAAUUUUGCCGACCUCAAGCUUGUUCAUCAGAUUGAGACGGUGCCGAAUCCCAAGGGGCUCUGCGCCGUGUCCCAGCAGCAGGGGUCGCUGGUCCUGGUCUGUCCUGGGGGGCAGAAGGGCCAGGUCAGGGUGGAGCACUACGGGGCUCGCAGGACCAAGUUUAUCAUGGCACAUGAUUCGAGAAUUGCAUGCUUCACGCUGUCGCAGGACGGGCGGCUGAUUGCCACCGCGAGCACCAAGGGCACGCUCAUUAGGAUUUUUAGCACCGUUGAUGGAUCCAUUCUCCAAGAACUAAGAAGGGGUGCUGAUAGAGCAGAGAUUUACAGCCUGGCCUUCUCUGCUAACAUGCAGUGGUUAGCAGUCUCUAGCGACAAAGGAACAGUUCAUGUAUUCAACCUCAAGGUAAAUUUGGGAUUGACAGGCAAUGAUAGGCCACGCCCUGCACCAGAGCCAAAUCCCCCAGCCAUCACUUCAUCCCUCUCUUUCAUUAAAGGUGUUCUGCCGAAGUAUUUCAACUCAGAAUGGUCGGUGGCUCAGUUCCGCUUGCAUGAAGGUUUGCAAUAUAACGUUGCAUUUGGACACCAGAGAAACACCAUUGUGAUUCUUGGGAUGGAUGGAAGAUCAGUCAGCUACAAACCAAAGGUGGGGAUGCCAAUAAUUUUACAGCGGAUUGAAGAAGUAUCUUGUUUUCAGUGAAGACAUGAUGCUGGUAUAACAAAUGCAACCUGCUGGUCUAUUAGAAUUUUGCUGACGGAAUAGUCGGAUGCUUGAUCCCGAGGUUUGAAACCAGUUUUGUUAUGGUAAUGCCCUCUGUAAGGCUUUGCUUUUUUUUUUUUUUUUUUGGUAAACUGGUAUCUCACUUAUGCAUGGACGUGAGUGCGCCUGCGCUACGAGAAAUCAGAAUAAGGAUCGGGUCAGUGCUAUUCCGUAUGAAGGUUCCGAAGUGGUGAGCUGCAAAGGAGGCGAUUCAGUUCUGUACUGUUUGCUUCUCAAAAAAUAUAGCUUUAUUUGGCUCUCAAAAAA